CGAAGGGGGUUGGUCCUGCCCGGGCUAUUUGAAUUCAGAGCAAAGCGCCGGUUUGUAGCUUUCCCCGUCUCCGCGCUGCCGCCGGUGGAGACGCGCUGGCGGCCGGUUCGGCUCCGGUUUUCCUGCGGAGCCUCCUCGCUCUAGGGGCGGACCCGGACUGCGCGCCCACAGCCCGAGCCCGUAGCGCUUCGCUCAGGAACAUCCCUUAGGUGUACAGACAGAGCACUUGCUGAUCAGCUAAGUAUUAACCCUCCUUUUGCUCAAACAUCAGGGGACAGAAAAAAGGUCCUAGGUCUAAUAAGCUCAGGAAAUGUGCUUCCCUCUUGAGUCCUAGUCCCAGGUCCUGUCAGUUUUGAUCAUCAUCGCUACUCUAGCAGUACCUUUGGCAGGAACAUCCCUUCAGUGAAUAGACAGACUGAGCACUUACUGAUUAGAUAAGUAUUAUCCGUGUCCUCCCUCUUGCUCAAACAGAAAUUUUAAGCUGUCUUGAUUCUCUAUUAUAUCAUUGAAUCCUCUAAAGAAUCAUUCUGCUUUCUCUCCUCAGAUUAUCUCCAAGACCACCUCCAUUACUCAUCCCAACAAAUGAUUAUCAGCCUAUCUGAUAGGGAGGGAUCAGGAAUCACAGAAACAGCUCCUCUUAAUUAAUUAGCCUCUUAGAGUGGCUCCAGGUAAGGGGAUCAAAAGUGAACAGGCCCAGCCUGAAGCAGCCAACUGGAGACACCCCAGGACAGGAGCCAGGAGGAGCACCGAGCCAGGGAGGAACUACCCGAGAAGGACAAAUGAGAGCUGGACCCAGUAUCUCUGUUACGAAGAGCUCUAUGGGGUGGCCCUGAAUGAGACAUCAUAGCCCCUGAGAGGGAGCUGAUUGGAGAGGAGAGAUGGAGGAAGGAGAGUGUUCUACUAAUGAUGGACAGCAGAUGAAGGCGCCCCUUAACCAGGGUGCAACUGGGGAGAAAAGAAGGGAGCAAAGCUAUUGUAACAGGCUGGAUAGAGACACUGAGGCAUGCCCAGAAGAGGGGACACGUCAAACUGCCAUGUAUGGAUGCAGCAAGCAGCUGAGUACACCAGUGAGCUCCGAGGGAACAGGCCCUGGGUCUAACAGGCUCAGGAAACGAGCUUCCCGUCAAGUCCCAGUCCCAGCUGUUGUCCUAGCUGCAGUCACAGUUUUUAUGUUGAUCGCCAUCAUCAUCGUCAUUACUCUAGCAGUACUUUUAGCAGUGGAAAAAUCCAAACCACCUGUGGCUGUUCCAGGCCCCCCUGCUGUGCCCGGCUGCCCGGACGGCUGGAUCGGAUACCGAGGGAAAUGCUAUUAUUUCUCAGAGACUGAAGGGAACUGGACCUAUAGCCAGAGCCAGUGCUCUGCACUCAACGCCUCCCUGGCUGGGAUCGACAGUGAUCAGGAAAAGGAUUUCCUGCUGCGCUUUAAGGGUUUCUUUGGCCGUUGGAUUGGCCUCCAGAGGAAGCCAGGCCAGCCCUGGAGAUGGCCCAAUGGCACCAAAUUUGACAACCGAUUUCCCAUAGGAGGAGGAGGUGACUGUGCGUAUGUGAUUGAUGACAACGGGGUCAGCAGCUCGAGGUGCAGCACAGGGAGAUCCUGGAUCUGCAGCAAACCUGAUGCCCAUAUAAUGGGGAAGGGACAUGACAUGGAAUCAUAAGUUUGAGACUCAUAGGAACCAGACCUGGAAAAGCUUUAUUAGGGGUCACAUCUUCCACUACUCAAAGAUGAAGACAGAACCAGUCUCCUUCCUUAGACUCUCCUUGAGGAUUCCUUUGUUUUGGAAUUUUCCCUUUUGCUGUGCAGACAGUUUGAUAAGAAGUGUGAGAAUACUUCCAGCACCAGUGGAUGUGGCGAGCACACACAGCUAAUGUGGAAUGGACAUGAGCAAGCACUCAAAGUAGUAAUUCUUCCACUCUACUCCACGCUGG